GUUUGAAGAGUGUUCACCGGAAGUUUACAUUUUGCGAUAUGAAAACAGUUCAUAGAUACAUGUAAACUGAUUUAUAUUUCGCCAGCAAAUUUUCAAACGAGGACGUUAUAGACGUGUUUGCAUCCACGUGAAGUAUGGCAGCGCUAGCACUGGAUCAUGGCAGGGAGCCCGAGGUUGCAAGGUUCAUUGACACAUACAAGUAUGACCAAGAAGUGUCGUCCAAAAGAAACAAAUUUGGAGGUGGAACGAGUCUGCCUUUGAACAGCGAUGGUUAUGAAGACAAGCAGAGAGCCCUGAGAGAGGAAAGACAUGCAGACUGGCUGAGGCAGCAAGAAAAGCCAAGUGACCCAGUCUAUUAUAGAGUGGGGACGCCCGAGCAAGGGUUUCCCAAUAUUGGAGGUUAUGAAAAUCAGCGACAUGAACAAAAUCUAGUUCGACAAAAAGAGUAUAAUGAACAUUUAAAGAAGCAACGUGAGGCAGAGCGUCAGAAGUUCGAGGCUCGGCGCCACUCUCCGCAGCGUGCUCCCCAGCCCCCAGGAGCCCCACAGGUGGACUAUGACCGCAACAGUGAGGUGGCCAAGUCAGAGGACCGCAAAGCCUACCAGGACUACAUGAAAGCCAAGGAAGAGCGUUACUGGGCUAUGCGAGGUCGACCAGUGACUCCUCCAGGCGGUCUUAACAUAGGAAACUAUGAUAGACAACUCAAGGAAACAGCUCCACAGAAAAAGAAAGAAUAUAAAGAAAUGUUAGAUCAGCAAAAGUCCGAACAGUUGCGGUUGCGUGCAUUUGAACGCCAGGCAGAGGUGUCGCCCAGUCACGUUAAUUACCGUGAGGAAGAGCGCCCUCUGGUGGGCUCUCCAAGGGACAUAAACUAUUACUUGCACGAGAAGGAGGAGAAAAGAGACAAGUUUAGACGAGAUUUAAAAGCCCGCCCUGCUCGUCAGAGACGACCCUCAGACAACGAUACUCAACUAAUCUCUUACUCCGAGGAUCCGCAUUUCAAAGUGUUUUUAGAAGUGGAGCGUGAAAAACGCCGGGACCAGAAACGUUAUGCUGAUGAACUUCUGCAGCAACAGAGAGAGCACAUGUACCUUAGAGCACGACAGGAACCUGAAGUGUCUGUGAUGGAUAGGUCCGGCCCUCCAGCCCAGUAUGUGCCCACAAAACCACCCCCAGGACCUGGAUACAGGCCCAGAGAGGAGCUUGCUCGGCAGAUCCCCGCGUACUGGAACGAUGGGCAGCAGUCACGGGGCCCCCACUCCCUUGACUCCGAGCCCCCUCAUUCACACAUGUCUCACACUGGCACCCCAUUGGCGUUUAAAACUGAUCAGGGCAGACGACCCAUACCAGAACGUCCACGCCAUGGACAACCUCCGUAUCACGGGGAAAAGAACGAGGAACUUGAGAAAACCUUGCAAAAAACAGUAGAACAAGGUCAAGGUCAUUUUCAGCCGGCAAGUACGCCCCCAAGACCAAAGAAUACCGAGCAACAGAGGACGCCGCCUGAGUGGCUCUCUAAUGGCCUCGGUCCUGAACAGAAAGAAGAGGAUCUAGUUGCGACUGUCGGCACGCCACUGGCAUUCAAAACCGGUUACCGUCCCUCACACCAGCCCCCCUUACCCAUGACCGACCCGGCACUCAAGCAAGCACCCUUGCAAGAUAAUCAGCGACCCGUUUACAACGACCUUGACCUGAACACAGAUAGACCAAGGUCACGCCCGAGGUCACGCCCGAGGUCCAGAGGGUCUCAAGAGCAGACAAACCAGACAUCCCCGCGCCGACAGAAAGCUACAUUGUAUGUGGAUAAUGAAGAAGUGUUAGCCAACCGAGAGAAGGCCAGCAAGGAACGCCAAUUGGAGUAUAACGAGUUUCUAAGGUCAAAGAACGAGGAGCGUCGUCGACAGGAAGAGGCACGUCACAACACGGGAAAGCCAGCGGAGGUCGUGCGUAACCCGUACUACAGCUCGGAUGACUAUGAGACAUGGCGUAGAAAGGAGCAGCAGAAGCUGGGAGAUGAAUACAAGGAGUUCCUGAAAGAAACUGAGGAGAAGAGGUCUUUGAUCAAAAGGCCUGAUGACCCUCUAGGCCCUCCAAAAACAACAUAUGAAGCCUCCUAUGCGGGCAAGAAUCCCCCACCCAGCCCCAAUAAGAAGUACCACCACAAACCCCCAAGCCCUUACCGGUCUAGAGAAGAUGCAGCUGACUACUCGCCCUUGCACCGACUCCCUCCCUCCCCUCUGCAAGGUCAGUCCAGAGCUCGUUCCCUGCCUCCUCUACAGCAGCGGGAGGUUCAAUUCAGCCCGCCCCAGCAGUACUACCAGGACCAUCUCCCCCCUCCCCCUGGGGCUCAGAACAUGCCCAUGCCGGGGGGUCACAUGGGUCCGUACCAGAACAAUGACGAGGAUGAAGUAGGCCAAUACCAGCCCAAGAUGGGUAACCUAGAGGAGGCAGACCCUCACAGGUUCCACCAGUCCAUGACGGCUGCCUAUCCCAAGGCCAGCUCAGCCCCUCCAGGGUCCCUGCCUGCAACGCCCAGUAAGCUGUCGCUACCCCUGGGUCAGUACGAUGACAUGAGACCCUUCAUUGAGAAGCAGAGAAAUAGAGAGUACAAUAGUCUCAAGGACAAGAUUGGCCCUAGCCCACGCAGGCUUGCUAAAACUCCAAUGGAAACAGCUACGUCUCUAAAUGUUGGCCAAUAUGAAACGAUGAAACCAAAAUUUGAGGCUCAGCGCAACCAAGAGUAUCAGGAAUAUCUGAAGACGCUUCCCCCUGUUAAGAAAACAGGAGUGAUUCCACGUUCCACGGCUGUCACUCUACCCGUGGGUCAAUAUGAACAAGUGAAGAACCUUAUUGAAAAACAAAGGAAUCAGGAAUAUAACGAACUCGUGCAUAAUGGAAAAAUUGGGAAGCGUACAUUCCGUGAGAAAGUCCCCACACCCCCUUCAAUGCAGGGCCUGCCCCUGGGGCAGUAUAUGUAUGAGCCCUUGCAUAAAGCCAUGGAGACCCAGAGAAAUAGGGAAUAUAAUGAGUUCAUACAGAAGAAAUAUGGUGGCAACGCUGCAACCCAACGCACAACUCGCAGUGAACCAGCGGGUGAUACUCCUGGUGCUUCAUUUUACUAUGGUAACGAUGGAGUUGCUGCAGAGAAGAGGAAAAAUUUGGAGGAAGAGCGUAAAAAUGAUUACAAUCAGCUUGUGCGGGAGAUGGAACCUCCACCAUCUAAAUCAUAUAAUAUCCCAGCGGACACUGAGUCAGGCUUACCGAUUGGCCAACAGCAUCAUGAGGCCUGGAGAAAGUUCCUUCGAGAACAGAGAAAUAGGGAAUAUAACCAACUAGUUGAUGUGAAGAGUCAGGAGCACAGAAAUCGAGAAUGGAACUUUGAUCAGGGCGGAGUCCUAGAGCUACGCGGGGAUGAUGCAGUGCAGAGCAAGCAACGAGAACUGAGGGCCGAGAGGCAAAAAGAUUACGAGAACUACAAGAACCAGACGAGGUCGAAACAGAAUCGCUCUUGGCCUGAGCCAAGUAGUGAUCAACCUCUAAUCACACGAGGAGCGUACGAUGGACUUAAGUCACUUUACGACGAGGAACGCAGGAAAGAUCUGCGCAUUGCUCUUGAACGCAAGCGUGAGAACCCUGCCCCUGUGACUGUGAGUCACACAGACCCCAACUAUCACACGCCUGCGUCAGCGGGAGAGGAGCGGCCCCUUAUACACUCCAUGGGGCUGUACGAGCUGGAAACCAAGCAGAAGAUGAAAGACGAGCUGCACAAGGACUUCCAUGACUACCUGCACGACCAGCCUCACUAUUCGCCCCCGAACACUGUGAGGGAAAACCUUAUGCCCCAUGAGGCAUCCUCUGAGACCCCUCUAGUGCAGCACAUGGGAGGAUAUGACACUACACGCAGGAAGUUUGUACUGCAGAGACACCAGGACUUGAAGGACUUCUCAGCAGAGCAUCAAAAGGACGCAAGUCCGGGCAAAGUACAAGACAUGCCCCAUGAUGCCUCGGACGAGGUACCAUUGGUCAGCUAUAUGGGACAGUAUGACACCAAGAGACUUCAGUUCCGUAAUGAACGCCAUCAGGACUUCAAGCAGUUUUCCAAUCAGAGGCAUAAACAGCUUCGCAACCCACACGAUCAUUUCGUGUUUCCCACUGUGGCAGUGGCGGAGAAGCCAUUGGUGGCUCACAUGGGUCGCGAUGUUGAGCAGCGGCGCAUCGACCUGCGAGCCGAACGUAAAAAUGACUACCAGCAGUACCAGUUGCAGCAGAAGAUCAUGAAUCCCCAGCGUCGCCAUGACUUUGUGGACACUGCAUCUGGUCCGUUCAAUGGACUGUUCCAGGGACUGGGUGAGCACGGCACGGACAAGGAGACCUUGAACCAGCAGCGUCGCCAAGAGUACAAUGACAAGCUCGACCAGCAAUUUGGCAAGGACAAGCCUUCUGGACGGCCCAACUGGGUCAAGGAGCCCCUACCAAAUAACGUGGAUCGUGGUCGUUCCCCUCAGCGUGUGCCCCCGCCCACAGACCAGUACUCCAAGCUGCUUGAGGAGAAGAGACGUGAGGAGGCCAGCAGAAGACGCUAUGAUGACCCAGAGUUCCAGGGAAGGCUUCCCAAUAGCAGAGAGCGUUAUGGAUACUAGUGAGUGUCAAGGGCAGACAAUAUGCCGUGGUGAUUCCCAAUUAAAAUAAAUCUUCAAUAUUGCCUAAUAUAUGCUGAACAUCUGGUGCAGAAAACUGAGUGCUUGAAACAUUAACAACAGUGCUUUAAUAAUUUUACUGUAUAAUGU